UCCCUGCAGCGCAGAACUCAACCUCAAUGCACGGACGGACACCCAAAGCAGAAGAAAAAGGGAAAAUUGUCCCGCCCCCUAUAUCUGUAUGAUCUGCACGCCUGUGUGAAGAGGUUAAGAAGGCCAGCUGCAAUAUCAGUGAAAGUGCAAAGAUAUGAGAAUGAGAAUAGAAAUAGUACAAAAAAAAGAAAAAACAGAGAAAAAGAUGAAAAGAAGAGCAAAAAAGGAGACAGGAAGAGCUAAUUAAACUGUGGAAGGAUAGAUGUGUAGGAGCCGGAGGGAGGCGAGAGGGCGAGAUGACUUAACUGUUCAAAAUGACUCCACCCUCAGUCGCCAACGCAAACGGCAAUUUCCCAUUGGGGUAAAUCCCCCACCGUGCCCUGUCACAGCCCUCCUACUUCUGCAACUGGUGUAUGCGUGUCUGUGUUUGCAUGUGUGUGUGUGUGUGUGUGUGUGUCACCACUUUUCUCUGACAUUCCUGUGCAGAGCAGGGAGACGGUGAGCUGAGCUGCAGAGAGGCUGAGCUGCAAACCCAAUUCAGAAAUCCAUUCGAAAGCAACUGAGGAUUUUCUUUAUGUUUUCCAGUCAUUUUUCUUGCACAAGCCAUCAUUUUCUUCCGAUUCUGGAAUUCCGGUUUCAGAGAAUCUGCCAGCAAGUCAGCUGGGACGAAGUCUUGCAUUCUUAACACGGGAUUCCUAGAAAAGCAUCCUCUCGUUUCCUCCUCUUCCCUUUUUCUCUCCAUCGCAAACCCCUGGAGAUAGAUUCCAAGUUUGCCAAGUUCCAGAGUUUGGGAAUAUUUUUGUGCUGCAGCCAGGAGAGGCUGAAACAACAAGGGGCACAGAGGAGAAAGCAGCACUUAAAGGACCCUGGCUCCUGUAAAGAUGGCUGACGUAUUGCAGCCAGACUCCAACAGCCUGCAGAUACCAAGUGAAAACGUAUCCACCCCAUCUUCGCCUGCCACAGCCAGAAAUGACUGCAGCAUCACUCCCCUCACACCCUCACCCUCACCGAGGGUGGAGGUCAGGCCCCGGAUGGCCUGUCCAUUCUCCGUUGUCAUAGCUAUAGACUUUGGGACAACCUCCAGCGGCUACGCUUUCAGCUUCACACAGGACUCAGAAGCCAUACACAUGAUGAAGCGCUGGGAGGGUGGCGACCCUGGAGUGGCCAACCAGAAGAGCCCAACAUGUCUGCUGCUCACUCCAGAUUUGCGGUUCCACAGUUUUGGGUUUGCCGCUCGAGACUUCUACCAUGACUUGGAUCCAGAAGAGGCUCGGCACUGGCUUUACUUUGACAAAUUCAAAAUGAAGAUCCACAGCACAAGUGACCUCACUAUGGAGACGGAACUGGAGGCGGUGAACGGUCAGAAGGUCAGGGCCAUAGACGUGUUUGCUCAUGCCCUUCGUUUCUUCAGGGAACAUGCGCUGAAGGAGGUGAAAGACCAGUCUUCAUCAGUGCUGGAGGGAGAUGAGAUCAGAUGGGUGAUUACUGUUCCUGCUGUGUGGAGACAACCUGCCAAACAGUUCAUGAGAGAAGCAGCAUACCUGGCUGGUCUGGUGUCUCCUGACUGUCCUGAGCAGCUCCUCAUUGCUCUUGAACCCGAGGCUGCAUCCAUUUAUUGUCGGAAGCUCCGCCUCCACCAGGUGAUUGACCUGAGCAUGCAGCCAAUCACAAACGGCCUGGAAUUGGACGUCUCCCGGCCCUUUGAUUCCAGCUUCAGACAAGCAAGGGAGCAGCUGAGGCGAUCCAGACACAGCAGGACCUUCCUGGUGGAGAGUGGAACUGGAGAGCUGUGGUCAGAGCUGCAGACUGGUGAUAGAUAUGUGGUUGCAGACUGCGGAGGAGGAACAGUUGACCUGACAGUCCAUCAGAUUGAGCAGCCACAGGGAACUCUUAAAGAGCUCUACAAGGCCUCAGGCGGUCCCUACGGCGCCGUCGGCGUCGACCUGGCCUUCGAAGCCAUGCUGUGCCAGAUCUUUGGCGAGGACUUCAUCCAGAGCUUUAAAGCCAAGCGGCCAGCGGCCUGGGUGGACCUCAUGAUCGCGUUUGAGGCGAGGAAACGCACAGCGUCUCCGGGCAGGACCAACGCCCUCAACAUCUCCCUGCCUUUCUCUUUCAUCGACUACUACAAGAGGCACAGAGGGCAGAGUGUGGAGGCUGCCCUGAGAAGGAGCAAUAUGAAUAUAGUGAAGUGGUCCUCCCAGGGGAUGCUGCGGCUGACACAGGAAGCCAUGAAUGAGCUCUUCCAGCCCACCAUCAGCAAGAUUGUCAAGCACAUUGAGGAGCUGAUGACAAAACCAGAAGUGCGUGGUGUGCGUUUCCUCUUCCUAGUUGGUGGUUUUGCAGAAUCCCCUAUGCUGCAAAAAGCCGUCCAGAAGGCACUGGGGAGGACGUGCCGCAUCAUCAUUCCUCACGACGUUGGUCUUACGAUACUAAAGGGCGCUGUGCUCUUCGGGUUGGAUCCCACGGUGGUCCGAGUGCGUCGUUGCCCUUUGACCUAUGGUGUUGGUGUCCUGAACAGGUUUGUGGAGGGACGCCACCCACGGGACAAACUCCUCAUCAAAGACGGUCGUGAGUGGUGCACGGACAUCCUCGAUCGCUUCGUCUCCGUCGAUCAGUCGGUGGCCCUGGGCGAGGUUGUGAGGCGAAGCUACACGCCUGCUCGUCUGGGCCAACGGAAGAUCAUCAUCAACAUCUACUGCACCGCCACCGAUGACGUCACAUACAUCUCCGACCCUGGAGUCAGGAAGUGUGGGACAAUAACCUUAGACCUGCCCGAACCGUUACCGCCACCGGGUGCGGUGGGAGGAGCAGGAGCAGGAACCCCAGAGAGAAGGGAAAUCAGAGCGACCAUGCAGUUUGGCGACACAGAGAUUAAAGUCACGGCCGUUGAUGUCAUGUCUAACCGCUCCGUCCGGGCUUCCAUAGACUUCCUGUCUAACUGAGGAGGAGCAGGAAGUGGAGCCAUGGAUGCAAAAACACACAUUAGCUGAUUGGAGGGAUGAUAAUUUUAGAAAAAGCGGUACUUUGGGAGUGGGUGACAUGUUUUGUUGGAAAAACACUGCAUUCUUAGGAGAAACUUGCAACUUAGGAUGCAAGAAGAUCAAGAGAGAAUCCAUUUUUCACAAACACCAAAGUCCUUGAAUCUCUUUGAAGUCGAAGAGGGACAAAGUCCGUCAUGUCUCGCCUUAUAAUGACGUCAGCAGCAUUUCCCGCCAACAGUCAGAGAAACACUUUGUGGGAACUUUGUGAAAACGAAUGAAAGCUGGAGAGCGAGUAAACAAACGGCAAAUGUUCUACAGACUUUACUAACUCAGUGACUCUAACGAAACACAAUAUGCUACCUAAUGAGUGAAACUCGCUCAUGUUGAUCGUUAAAUAUACAGACUUUUACCUUUGGGCCUCGUGUAAUAAACAAUGCCUUAUUUAAACCCCGAAAAUAACGUCACCGACUGGACCGCAGCCUUGUUUCUCUAAUGUGAAAGCACUCCACCUAGCGGUGCAGAGACUGACCUACAACACUGCCUUGGGAUCGAUCAAAACACAUACUAUAAGAAAAGAACUGUGGCUUUAUAAGAUAUAUGUGCGUCAUUUCAAAUGUUUCAAACCACUUUGAACAAAAAAAAUAAAGUUGUGCUAUUUGAAGCAGAAGCUUAUAAACCUAAAUCACAAUAUCAUGACCUCUAAAAGUUGUGAGCUUUUAUUUUGAGUGGAAACUAUGAAUUUAAAUCCAGUGCUUUUUCUUUUUUUUUUUUCUUUUGGCUUCAGAUAAUUCAUCAGGAAACAUUUGGCUCAUCAGCUGAUAAACGUCCCACUAUGUCCACCAGCUAGUUGCUAACACGUCCUGUUUUAACAUAUGGACUUUAGCCCUCUACAGAUGCAUUGUUACUACUGGAAACACUAGAUGAAGCACCACAUGCACAUAAGAACUCACUCACUACCUGCAGAUGGAUGCAUUUAUGUCUGAAAACCGAAACCUAUUGUGAAGUUCCUUAAACCUGCGUUCUUGCCAUUUCAUUAGGUACACCUAGGCACGCAGACAUGGUCACGAUGACCUGCUGAAGUUCAAACCGAGCAACAGAAUGGGAGUGUAUGGCAACUUAAAUGACCUUGAAUGGAGAAUGAUUGUUGGCUCCAGAGGUGCUGGUCUAUUUCAGAAACUGCUUAUCUACUGGGAUUGUCUCACACAACCAUCUCUAGGGUUUAUAGAUAAAGAUCUGAAAACUAGAUAACAUCCAGGGAGCAGCAGCUCACACGGGCUCACCAAAACCUGACAAGACUGGAAAAAUGUAGCAUGCUUUGAUCAUUGUGAAUUUGUGCUGCAACGUUUCAAUGAUAGCGUCAGAAUUUGGCGUCCAAGCAGAUAAGGCACGAUGUCACAAACUCAAAUCACCACAUUUCUCAGUGCAGUAAAGCACCUUUGGGAUGUGGUGGAACGGGAGAUUUGCAACAACAAAUGUGUUGUAACUGUGUGAUGCUGUCACGUCAGCAUAAACCAAAAUCUCAGAGGAAUGUUUCCAGCAUCUUGUUGAAUCUCUGCAACAAAGAACGAAGGUCAGAGAGGGUCCAACCCGGUACUAGCAUUGGUAACUAAUGAAGCAGUGAGUGUGUCGUUUUGUACAACAUAUAUGAGAAAAUGCUAACCUGAUCUAUGCACUCAGUUACAACUUAUGUCUAAUAAGCUUCAGACCUAAGUCCCAGGUUUCAGGUCUUAAUCAGUACAUGUGUAUGUUGUAAAUGAUGGUCCCCACUGUGGAGGAAAAAGAUGAUAAAGCUGUGGAAAUCCUAACUGGCAACUACAGAGUUGUUACAAAAUAUGACUUAUGACAUAGUACUUGACAUCACAGUUUCUAUAUCCAUCUUUUAUAAGCAGUGUAUGAUUGUUACACUUUAUUGAUCUAAUAAUUCUCAAGAUUUGAGCCUUGUACUGACUACCUGUACAAAGAAAAUCAGGUAUAUGUGUGGAGCUGUGGAGCGAAGGUCAAGCAGACCUCAUCAUGGUAAACCAGUAACUGUCUUCUUGUGUAUUUGUGUAAUAACCCUAACAUGAAUAAAUAUAAUUCCGACCUCAUCUUUAAUAUGUUGUCCAAACUGGAAUGCAUUUGUAUCCAUAUCGCUGUUGAAUACAACUCAAAAGUUCACUUGUGUCUGGAUCACUUCUUUAAACAAAGGUCAUUUGAGUGCUCACACAAACAUCAGUCAGAACAAACAGUCCAGGUUUCAGCUGUGAAUUUAUUGAUGAGAGUGCUCCAAUAAAUAGUUUCACACAGCGGGGCUAACAAAUGGUUCAGAACUGCUCGACGUUGCAUCAGUGCUUCACUUUCCAUGUUACACAUCAGUUUGUUACGUAACACAAAACCAAAUUAGAAGUUAUGGAACGACUCCUUCAGAUCACAGGACACAGGAGUGUGUUACUAAAGAGGGGGACUGCUGACAGUCUGCUUCCACUUCACCAUUCCUCAGUAAAAAAAACCAUAAAAUGUGUGAAAAGAUGCAGUGCUUGAAAUGUUUAAUGGAUGCUAUCGUGUGAAAGCUUCAGUAAGAAAACCUACAGACAAAAAAAAAAAAAAAA